AUGUUUUUUGAUCGUGAAUCAACAAUUGUUAUUACUAAAAUAAAUAAUCUAUCGGAAUCUGUAUUAACAGCUUAUUGUCAAAAUUUCGGCAAAGUUCUUCGAUGUUAUAUUAAAAAUUCUUCACAAAGUCCAAAAAAAGAUCCUUAUGCUCUUAUCAAGUUUUCUGAUGCAUCAAGUGUUGUUAAUAUUCUUAAUCAUCGUCAUCAUACUAUAAAUGGAACACAUGUUGGAAUACGUGGUUAUCAUGAAGAUAGAAGUAAGCCUCCAUCAACACAAUUUUCAUCAUCAAAUUUAAUGCCAGUAAAUCAACAAAAUCAAAAUUUACCGAAUAAUACACAACCAUCAAUGCAUUACGAUCAAUUAAUACAGGAAAAUUCAGCACUUAAAUAUGAAAUAGCUAGUCUUCAAAAAUCAUUAGCUGAAGCACAGGCUUAUUCGAAAACUGCAUACGAUACAUUUCAAAUUUUACGUGAAAAAUUUGAAGCUGAACAAGCACAUACAAAUCAACUUAAAGUAGAAUACACAGCUAUGGUUGAAUCAUAUGAAUCUCGAUUAAAACAAAUUUCAUCAACUCCAUUAACAGAACAAGAUAAAGUCAAAGAUGAACCAAUUGAUUGUAAUGCACGACAAAUGAAUGUAGCAAAUCAUUUACUUGAAAUGCAAACAGUUAAAGAUUGUUUAGAACAAGCACAAAUUGAUUUAGGCAAAUGUCAAACGGAAAAUGCUAUACUUAAUGCAAAAUUAAAUUCACGUGAACAACAAUUUGAUAUACGUUUUAAAGAAUUAAAUAAUCAAUAUUUACAUAUGAAAAAACAAUAUGAACAUAUGUCAUCAUGUAUUAAAGAUUUUCAUUCAAAAUUAUAUCAAAAAAAAAGAAUAAAAACAGAAUUGAAAGAAGACAUCAGUAAUAAAACUAAUGAUACUGCUAUGGAUGAUUCCAGUGACGAUGUUAUCGAAAUUAUUACGCAAGUAGAACCAUCAGUGCCAUACGUUUAA